GCCGGCCAGAGCCAGGCCGAGGAGCAGGGGGAGGGGAGCCAGGCGCGCGCAGAGGAGGACCUCGAGGGCAGGAAGGCCGAGGUCAUUGCCAUGGACCCACCGCUCCCCGGGUGCUACAUGCGCCUGCCAUCUGGCUGCCCGAGGCAUCGCAAGAAAUCGACCCUGUGGCGCCGCGACGUGGAGGCGGAGAGCAUGCACGCUGAUGAAGCCCAGUGCAAGAUGCGCAAGCAAUAUUGGGACGAGUACUGUGGCAGCACGGACACAAGGAUCAUGUACGUUCCACAGGAUGUCGGUGUUCGAGCGUCUGAGGAAGAGAGACCGAGGCCCGUGGAGGAGCCGAACCCAUCCGAGGAGCAGAAGCCAGCCGAGGCCGCCCAGGAGGAAGAGGAGGAGAAGCAGAAGCCAGCCGAGGAGCAGAAGCCAGCCGAGGCCGCCCAGGAGGAAGAGGAUGAGAAUCAGAAGCCAGCCGAGGAGCAGAAGAAGGUCAUGCCUGCCCAGGAGGACCCCUGGGAAAAGAAGGCUGACGAGGUCAUCAGCGGGGAGCCGACGCUUCCAGGUUGCUACAUGCGCCUGCCCUCUGGCUGCCCGAACCACCGCAAGAAGUCGACUUUGUGGAGGCACGACGUGGAGGCGGAGCGAAUGGAGGUCGACGAUGUCCAGUGCCAGACCCGGAAGGUCUAUUGGGACGAGUAUUGUGGCAGCACAGACACAAGGAUCAUGUUCGUUCCUCAGCUCGACGAAGCUCGAUCUCCUGAGGAACCAGACUUGGAGGAGGUACUGA